CGUCAGUGUGAACAAUAAUCAAAGCACAGACAGACGCUUUCAAACGCUGAUGUGGAGCUGAAGAUGGAAGACUUGAACUAGAUGAAAUAUUAUUUAUAUCCAUCGCGUCAGAUGAAUUCUACUGUCAAUGCAGCUCCAUCUGCUGCGCGCAGCACUCAGUGCGCAUGCGCGGUAUCCUUUUGAUUUCUUAAUAUUUAAUAUCAAUGGCUGACGCUGAUUUCUAAAGCAUCUCCUAAAAUUGCGAAAAAGCUUUGGCACGUUUUCUGAACGUCGAGGUGAACGUCAAUCUCUUGCGUUUUAUUCGACGAGCUUCGAUCAUAAUCAGUCAGAAUUCAUCCGUAGCUCCAAAAUGGGACAAAAAUGUCACAUUUAACCCUUUCCUCUCCAGUGUCGACAUUACCGCGAGUGUUCAUGUCACAGUUAAAGCUAUGCAUGCUAAUGUAGCCCUGGCUGAAUAUAAUAAGAGCUUCUGAAACAUGCAUUCACACCAAGAGCUCAGCUGCUGAGUUUAACACCAAACACUUGGAGAUCCAUGACUUGAGUUUAGUCCACAACUGACUGUGAUGAUGAAGAUGAUGAUGAUGAAGAUGCAUCCUACUCUUCAGAAGAUGAUGCGUCAGGGGUCCGGGGCCGGCAGUGAUUUCUGUGUGGACAGCAGGCCGUCAUGUUUAGCCGAGGAUGGGAGGCUCUCGCCAAGCCACUUUGAUUUGUGCCCCACGAAGUUCUAUCAGUCUUCUCCUCCUCAGCGCCCUCGGCAGAUGUGCUUCGCUUACCUGCCUCCUCCCGGCGUCCUCAAACCCAUGGCGUGCCGCGAGGAGCCGCCGCUGUCCCCGGGGCCCGCCGCCGCUCAGACCAACAACAAGAGCGACUCCAAGAAGAAGAGUGCGUCAGGGAGAUCUGGGAAACGCGGGCGUCCGGCGGGCACCACCAAAUCAGCCGGGUACAGAACCAGCACAGGCAGACCUCUGGGCACCACCAGGGCCGCCGGCUUCAAGACCAGUCCGGGACGGCCGCUGGGCACCACCAAAGCCGCGGGGUAUAAAGUGAGUCCCGGUCGCCCGCCGGGGAGCAUAAAGAGCCAGUCGCGCCUCAGCAAACUGAGCUACAGCGCCUGCAGCGGAGCCGCGUUCCCCUACAGCGUCAUGCACAAACCUGGAGCCUGUGACGCUGCGCUGAAGGAGGAGACGACCACAGAAACGCCAAAAAUGCUGUUUCAAGCUCCGCCGUUCCUCCUCAGCGGCUUCCCCGUACGAAACCAAAAAACCCCUCCGCCGAUCAGCGUCAUGCCAUCGGAGGCCUUUUCCCCGGCGGCCGUGUGUCCAGACGGCGGUCAGUCGAGGAACGCUCUGCCGGUACCCAUCCACAGCGCUCUGCCAUCAUACUCCUGAACUCGUCUGUCACACACACACACACACACAGGUCACUGGACUCUGCUGACCGUGGCAGGCCGUCUGGCCGUUUCUCCCUCCUCUGAAGCUGUAAAUACGUCUCUGACGCUCUGUGGUCACUCUGAAUGUCCAUUGCAUGUCAUGUUGGGUUGUUCAUGGGCUUGAUUCACAUAGUGACACGAUAACGAGUGCAAUAGUUUCAUCGAAGCGUGUUUCUCUCAUUCCAGCACUCCACCAAAGAACUCCAGCAGCUCUCUAUAGCGUGUGCAUGGUCAGGAGAUGUGAUGGAAACAUGACACACACUCUGUAACUACACACGCCAAUCACCACACGUCUUGUAAUAGUUCCUUUUGUAUUGUAUUUAUUAUUCUGACUCUGAUGAUUAUUGUUGGUGUGGGAAUGCUGUCAGCAUCUUGUGAACAAGUGAUGUAAAAAUCUUCUUAUGGUUUAAUAUCACGAUGAUUGAGAUGAGUAGUGCGUAGCCUGUUAGUAGCAAUGUGUGGCUUUAAGAGCAGGUUUAUGUUCAAUUUGUUACAUUCAUAUAAUCAGUGACGUGGGCUUUUAUUUUUUCCUUGUUUAUUUACUUUGUAAUACAGUUCCAAUAUGAAGAAAUACAUGUUUGUGUGUGUUUUAUUAAAAUGUAACUACAUCAA